UCCAACAUCUCUCUUGGAGGUCAUCAAGACGUUUGUUCCCAGGUAUGGGUGGGGAUCACGGCCAUGGCAAACUGGCAAUGCCAGACUACAAACAGUGGAAGUGGGAAGGUACACCUUUGGAAUUCACGCAGCAGCGACUUGCUCGGAGGGGACUGAAGGACCCAUGGGCUCGAAAUGAAGCAUGGAGGUACAUGGGCAGUUUUGGCACCCCAGUCACUUUUAAGGAUGUACUUUUCCGUGGUUUUAAGGGAGGAUUCAUUGCGUUUGCAGUGGCUCUUGCUGUGGAGUAUGCAUUCUUCCCCCCAAAGAAGUCGGAGCACUGAGAUUCCAUCACGUCUGCCCGAUAUGUCUGGGGCUGAAUAAGGACUUUCACUGCACACCUUUAGGCAUUUGUUAUUUAAUAUAUCUUUCCCUGUAUUUCAGAGCUGUUAUUGUUUAUCCCAUUGUCCUGUGGAAGCAAGAGGGAUUUAUAACACCAGUGUACACUUAUAAGUCCUGUAUGACCAAUGUAUAGAGACCUUCAUUCAAUAAAUGAUAAACAAAGGUUUGAUUUUUGAGGA